AUGCAACCAGCUCGCAAGCGACAGCGAACCACUCAUGCUUGCGACUUCUGCCGAACUCGCAAGACGAGAUGUGACGGUAAUCAGCCAUGCGAAACUUGCACCACUCUCCAGCAGGAGUGUCUUUUUGGCUCUGAGCCCAACACCAAAGGGAAGAGCGACUUAAUCCUUGAGAGCGUGUUACGAGUAGAACAAGCCCUGCAAGAUCUCAACCAGAACAUAUCCAGGAACAGUACCCAAAACGAUCAUGGGGUACCACCGCCUAUCCCAAGCGCAGCGUCGCUGACCACGCCAGCCACGCACCCCGGCGACUCGGCCCAUGAAGGGAAUGAAGUCGAAAAUGCAGUCCUCGAUUCCAUGCACACUUCGACGACCGAGGCUGUACUCCAGUGGCCACACUUUGAUGAGUUUCCUUCGUUGAGAGACAAUUACGUCUCCAUCUUCCAGCUCGAGCACCAACGGACCCCUCUGGAGUUGGCCAACACAACGAUGCAGCCUUACAUCGGAGAUGAGGAAACGGAUGAUCUGAUGUUUGCAUUUGAACAGAACAUCAACUUCUGGUAUCCGACGAUGUCCCAAGAUCAACUGGAUGACGUUCGAAAAGCUAUGCACGGAGAUUCGAUCCAGGCAGAUUCGGUCGAUGGAUGCCUCACACUGCUGACCUUGGCCCUGGGAUGUGCAAGUCAGAUUGCUGCCGGUCUGGUCUCGAAGACUGAAAUGUCGACUGUGGAAAGUCGAAUAAGGAGCUCGCGGCGAAAGUUGGGAAAUAUGUUCUUCUCGAGUGCCUUGAAGAGGAUUUUCGCAGCGCAUAUGGAGGUCAGCCCCAAGGCUGCUCAGUGCCUCUUAUUCACAGCGUUGUACUUUGCGUCCCUCACGCGACCUCUUCAAGCUCGGGAGUACUUGACCGCUGCGUGCUCGAAGUGUCUUCUGCUCGUCUCAUACCUGCCCGAUGAUGAAGACCAAACGGGGCAAGAGCGAACCCGACGGGUCUUCUGGUCGUGUUAUAUUCUCGAAAGCGACUAUCUUGCUGAGCUCUCUGCAUGUCCGCCGUCAGGCAUCUCGAGGGUGGAAUCGUUGGUAUCUCUGCCGCAAACUUACAAUACACAUGCAUCUCAAGAUGAAGAAGAGCAAGCAUCGCUCUACUUCCUCGCCUGUAUUAGCAUGAGGAGGCUUCUUAACCGCGUCCACCAGCUGUUGUACGCCCAUGAUACGGGCGCAGCUCAAGAUAUGUCCCGUUUCCCAUAUGUCGUGGCUGAGCUGAACCAUCAGCUGGACGAAUGGCGCGACGUUCUUCCAGGAUACUUCUCGUUCACAGUCGACCUCGCGCCCGCAGCUAACGAGCGAGCUGCGUUCUUGAGACAGAGAUACCUUACCUGCCGCAGUGUCAUCUAUCGACCGUACCUAAUGUGGCUUCUUGGUCCAACGCCCAGCUCGGCAGUAAACGAGCAAGAUGUACUUGCUAACUGUAAAAUCUGCUUGGACUCUUGCGUGAUGCAUAUUCUAAAUCUGGGGAGCUUUGCACAUACUUUGCUCGUUGACUCGUGGAUCUGCUCGCUGUCUAUGGCCGGUGCAAUGCUGCUUCUGCUCGCUGCGCAUCGAGUUUCAGGACUACGGUCUCUGCUUGGCCCAGAACUGUACGGAACAGGAGAACAUCUUCAGAGCUUGCUGGGCAGCUGGGCCUUUCAACUGCACACUUCCACAUCACCAAGCGUCGUCCAGAGUAUUCGCAUAAUCCGGGAAGCAGAUAAGUUCAUCAAGACCGCCGAAUCGGAUGGCUGGCAAGAUCAGAUUUGGCAGAGUUCGCGGAACCGGUUUCAUGAUGCGGCUUCAUUGUGA